GGGCUUUAUUCGAACCGUCUUCUUUGACAAAGCACCUGAUGUAUCUUCCAGCGGCCGGGACCUGCUCGACGAAGAGGUGCGAGUCAUUGAACUUGCACUUGGGAGAGAAACUGGCAAAGCAAAAUAGCGCGUGCUCAUCACUCAGUCCUAGUCAGCCCGAGUGAUCCAUGGCGACACCGCACUUCGUUUGGCUAAUGCUGCUCUGUUUCGUUAUUGAUGAGAUCCCUUUGCCAUACAUCCUCAAUCAUGGAAUGGACCAGGAAUCUCAGGCGGCUGUGAUCGGCAUUGAGCAUACAAUCCAUGGUCGAAGGAGCGCCGGGAUAUGUGGAAACCCCAUGAGCUUAUCUGCAGCAGUCAACCACGAUAGGCCAUCUCAGACUCCCUUUGUCAGCCAAGUGUGCUUUCCACGCAGCGUCACUCCAAUUUAAGAACUGGAUUGUUCAUCCGUAUCUUGAGAACCCCUCUCACAAGUAGUCAAGAUAUCCUGCAUUUGAACCAGCCGCGCACGCGGAUCGCCCUCCAUCCUUGCUGCUCCACGUUCACGCCAAGAACCGACUAGCGAGGGGACGCGCUGCGUUCAGUGGUGGGAACUCGCCAGUCCGGAUCGCCGGAGGCCACGGAGUGCCAUGAUAGUUAAGGGGAUAGAUAUCACUUUCUGAUCAGGUGUGGUGGACGCGG